AUGUUUGGGGGCCGGAAGAAGAAGAGCGAGUCCACACAACACACGCGCCGGAGAUUCGGCGUUGCAGCUCUCGGUGCAGACGAUGAGGACAGCGAAAUCGACGGCGGGAAUUUUUACCCUCACGGCUUUGCCAAGUGGAAUGUCGUACGCCAGAAGACUUGGAGAGUUAUAUCCAGUGAGAAGACGGACUGGAUACUUGCGGUCAUGAUCCUGUCCAGCGUGGUCAUCUUGAUUGUAGAUGCCGACUUGACGGUGAAGUCUCCGAGGAGCCCCGAGGAAGAGAUUCUGCAGGCCAUCGCAAACUAUAUCACCGGUGCAUACACCUGUGUCUAUGCGGCCGAGAUGACUGCCCGCCUCUACGUUUUUCGAACAGAAGUUUUUAAAACGGCCCUCUUGUUCGACUUCUUGAUUGUUGCGGCAGAUGUCCUGCUUCUCAUCGCCGACCUCGUGCUGGAAGGAUUCGCCUUCGAGCUGGGUUUCUUGCGGGUCUUCCGCCUGGCCCGCCUCUUCAGAUUUGUCCGCGUCGUGGGCAUGUUCCCAGAGCUGCAGUUUCUGAUCAAGGGCUUCAUCUCGUCCUUCUCGGCUGUAUUCUGGGGCUCCAUCUUGAUGUGGAUUGUGAUCCUUAUGUGGGCCAUCGUCGCCGUCUACUUUAUUCAGCCCGUCAACCAAGAAAUUGUGGCAGCGACGGGGAGUGAGGAGUGCGAAAGGGACUGCAGAGCCUGGUCAUCAGUUUGGUACUCGGAGCCUUGUCGGCGCGAGGAUUGGGCGUGUGCUUGGUUGGUAGUUACAGACCUCAAAAGCACCACCCUCCAUCUUUCCGACACGUGA